AUGAAUACGACGAAAGAAUUGCUCGAUCAGCUUCGUGAAGGCCCACCUAAAGGCUCUCCGUUCAGUGUGGCUUUGAACAACUCCCAGAUCCCUGGCAGAUCCUCCAUCUACAGGAAUUGGAAGUUCCAAGAUGCGUUACUCACCUCCUUGGACCCAAACAUAACGACCCUCCAUGAGAUGUUCGAAAGAAGUGCCAGUGUAUACGCGACGCAGAACUGUCUGGGAUUCAGACCUUACAGUGCCGAAACAGGCAGUUACGGGCCUUACUCCUGGAUCAGCUACAGCGCGGUUGCAGAAAGGCGGAAAAACUUUGGCGCCGGCUUGUUGCAAACUUAUCAAGACAUCUGUGGUGGCUUGCCACAGGGGGGCGUGGGACUAUGGUGCAACAAUCGACCUGAGUGGCAGAUAGUGGAUCUUGGCUGCAUGUCGCAGUCGCUGUUUACGGUGUCCAUCUAUGAGACUUUGGGUCUCGAAGCAACAGAAUACAUCAUCAACCAGGCUGCGCUCACUGUUGUGUGCGCAUCUGCAGAUCAUGUGGAAAAGCUCCAAGCUCUUGCCGCACGCUGCCCUUCUCUCAGGUUUCUCGUCACUAUGGACAAAGUCACUUCGGAUGCGAACGCAAAUAACACACCAGGACGACUGCCAGUAUUCUCGCUGGAACAUCUGGAGGAUGUAGGCAGACGCAAUCCUCGCUCUUUCCAGCCCCCUUCCCCAGAUACCAUUAUCACGAUUAACUAUACCUCCGGAACGACUGGAAUGCCGAAAGGUGCGGUUCUUACCCACAAAGCCGCAGUAGCAGCUGCUUCGUGUGCUAUAUCAAUUGUGGAUCUGCGCGAAGGCGAUAGGAUCUGCUCUUUCUUACCAUUGGCGCACAUCUUCGAGCGUGUCGUCGAAGGGGCCAGUCUAUGGGCAGGAAGUAGCAUUGGCUACUAUCAUGGUAACAUACAAGCACUCGUCGAUGAUCUCAAAGCUCUCCAGCCAACGAACAUGGUCAAUGUUCCUCGAGUCUACUCUAGAUUCGCGGCUGGUAUCAAAGCAAAGACGGCACAGGCGGCACAAUCCAUGGACCUGACCAACAAGGACACCCUAUCUUUUCUACAUGGGCAGAUCUCUAAGGGGUUGGGACUUGAUUCUUGUCGCGUGAUGAUCAGUGGCUCUGCUCCCAUCGAUCCCUCACUUCAGAGUCAUCUGCGCGAAAGCAUGAGCAAUACUUUCAAGCAAGGCUAUGGACUGACCGAAACGUACGCCAUAACAUUAGCCCAGGAUGCUUCUGACGAAUCUGUGGGCACCUGCGGAGCAGUAUUGCCUGCUGCUGAGGUCUGUCUCCAGGACGCUCAAGACUUUGGCUACAUGACCACCGACAAGCCGAAUCCCCGCGGAGAGCUGCUUAUUCGCUCGAGCACACUGUUCUCUGGGUAUUACCAAAAUCCCACCGCGACUGCCGAGAGCUUCACAGAAGAUGGUUGGUUCCGCAGUGGAGAUAUCUGCGAGAUCGACAACCUUGGUCGAGUGAGAGUAGUCGAUAGACGCAAGAAUAUCUUGAAACUUGCACAAGGCGAGUACGUUUCACCUGAGCGCAUUGAGAACAUCCUGAACGGAGAGCUCCCAUGGGUUUCUCAGAUCAUGGUUCACGGUGAUAGUGACAAGUCGUACCUCGUCGCUGUCAUUGGUAUCGAGCGGGCGUCAUUUGCCAAGAUGUUCAAUACGCUUCGUGAAGAUACGCCAUUCUCCUCACGCAAGGAUAGUCUGGUGGGAGACGACGUUUCCGCAGGACUCUCUGAUGAACGCGUCCUCGCAGCGGUCUUGGAUGAGAUCCGAAAAGUCGAGACGUCGAAGAAAAUGAACGGCUUUGAACGCGUGAAGGCUGUUGCACUGCUUGAAGACCCUUUCACUAUCGAGAAUGGACUUCUGACCCCAACGCUCAAACUGAAACGCCAUGACGCAGCUAAAACCUACCGCUUCCUCAUUGAUCGAAUGUAUACAGAGAAAGAUGUCGGUGGUGGUGGCCGAUGA